GGAACUACAAUUCUGGAUUACUCCGGUGGCGAAGCGGGAAGGGUUGGCGGCGGUCUACGAGAGCUCUCUCGUCCAGCAAUCACUAUUACUCAACCUCAUAUCAAUCUUCUUCAGGUCACACCAUCAAUUUCAAGUUUCAACUUCUUUUUACAAUUCUCAAUUGCCUCGAUAAUAUGGAUUAUUCCUCAUAUCUUGAUCUUCUUCCUCGAACAUUUUGAAGAAUGCUAAAUGGCCAAGUUUUCCAUUUCGGAUCGGAGAUAUGGCUACUUUUCCGACUGUAAAUGGCCUUCUGAAGCAGUCCACGUCCACCACGUUGUUGUUCUUAGGAAUACGACUGCUGAAAAGGGUUUCCUCUUCUGCGUUUUUGCAGCCCUUGCCUUCUGUUUUUUCCUACUCAAGGGCCAGUCGAUCUUUGUUGCCUUAUGGUGCUUGGUCUUGAAUGUAUUCUUUUUCAAGAAGUUGUUCAAGGGAAGGGUUGAGAAAGAGAGUGUUAUGGUUAUGCCAAAUUUUGGAGUCCAACUUGAAACUCACUUUCGUAGUGGAAAAGUCCUUCGUCGGUUUGUGCCUGUUGAUAAAAUUUUAAAACCAGUUCUCCUUGAAUGCCUAACUCCAGUUACUUGUUACUGGAGUCUGUCCUUGAUUGUACAAGGGGAAGACGAACUAUUGUUGGUUUUCAAGGAAUUACGUCCACCGGUGAAAAUGCUGGUCCCUAUCUGGAAGGCUUUAUGUACCGCUACCGGUGAUGAUAAAAAUGGAGAUGCUUGUUCAUAAGGCGAUGGCAAUCGUAGCUCCUGUGUAUCAUGUGAAUUUGCCAACUCAAUUUCUAUCUUUUAGUCACGUAUGUAAAUGUAUUAAUUUUAGUUGUAUAUCAUGAUGAUAUUUUCCUCUUCCAUUGAUUUCUUGUUUAAAUAUUCCUCAAUUCAUUUUUCUAUUUUCAUACAUUUAAGUUUUA